GUAGCCUCAGAGGUAAGAGCUAGUGUACUUCUUACCACCACUGCCAGUACCACCACACCAUCACAACACUCUGCUUCUCUCUCUCUCUCUCUCUCUCUCUCUCUUCACUACACUCUCUCCCAUUCUCUACCUUCACUCAUCUCACAACAAAUUCUCUCUCUCUCUCUCUCUCUCUCUCUCUCUCCAUAUAUAUACAUAUAUGUAUAUCUGGCAAUAUCAGAAAAUGAGACAGUAUUUUGUCUCACUUCUCAUGAUCUUGGCAUGGACAAAACUGCCAGACACAACAACUGCAAAUUCAUGGGUUGGAUCAAAGUACCAGAUCGAAUGCACAAUGUGCUCCGCCUGCGACAACCCAUGCAACGACCCUUCUCCGCCGCCUCCCUCUCCUCCUCCACCCUCUCCGCCGCCCUCCACUCCAUCCUCCAACUGUCCUCCGCCACCGUCCCCUCCCGGCUCCGCCACCGUCUACUCCUCUCCACCACCACCCUCUCAGCCCACCUACUCCUACUCCCCUCCUCCUCCGGGCGGCGUUAUUGGUGGCUUGUACCCUCCUCCGCAGUACGGAAACUUCCCGGCGCCGCCGCCUCCGAACCCAAUUGUGCAGUACUUCCCCUUUUACUAUCACAGUCCUCCACCGCCGGCGUUGUCUAGCUCUGUUCGGUUAAGCGGUUGCUCUGUAGUUUAUUACAGCAUUGCUCUGUUUCUUUUGAACUUUUGAAAUUCGAGAAAAGGAAUGAAAAUUUGGAGUGAGAAUAAGGUGGCAGAUUUGCAGAUCUACAAGCUUGCUGGAGAGGGAAGUAGAGGGGUUCUUGAGCAAAAGUGGGAGAGAAACUGGGAAUUUGUUUAAUUUCCGAAAAUGUCCUUCUACAGACCAAGAAUGGUUUGUGUAAUCACUUAUUCACUCAAACUCUCAUAAUGUGAACUUGGUCUGUAAUUUCUUGACAAUUUAUUUUUUAUUUUUAUUUUUUAAGAAAGUUUAUAUUUAUAUGAAAGAAAAUUAGUAAAUUUUUGCUCAAUUGUUAUGAUGGCUCAAUAUCCUUUACAUUUAGAACACCCCCCAUAUAAGUUUUUUCAUUAAUUAGAUGUUUAAUUUGAGUAUUGCAA